GUUUGGAGCACCGUCGUAACUUCUUUCUUCCAAAAUCAAUCCGAUGGAUUCCUCAUGUGGCGAAGAAGAAUUAUCGCCAUUGGUUCACCACCCCACUUGCGGCUUAUCAAAGUUGAAAAACGGAUCGGCAUGGAGUAGCUACCCGGGUCACAGAGACCCUUGGAAGGGAAAAGGGCAAAAGCGUCCCCUCCCUACACCCUUCUGCCGCCGCGACGCACGACGAUAUUGGAUUAUCGUCGCACCGCAGCGACCUCUGCGUCAUUAUUAUUAUAGCCGCAAGGCCGAGUAUAGACUGCUUCUCGGAAAAGGGAUGUUCGGUCUCUCAACUGGUUGCUACUUUCACUUUGUAUGA